AUGAGGGUACGCCUUCGAUAUAUGAAAGUUGUGCUCUUAUUUGUGGUGACUUAUGGCGUGUUGAAAACGAUUUAUGCUUUGCAUUUGGCCCAGCUGCCGCAACUUCAGUUCCAGAAUGCAGUCAAACUCAAGUUUCAAUCAUGGUUUCAGAACAUUUUAGCAUCAGAUCUCGAGUUGGAAUCGAACGAAAUGUUUUUACGCCAUGUCGAAAAAGUGAGAAAGGAAAAACGAGCCCACGAUUGGUCCCUGGAAUUCUGGGACCUUGAUGAAAAAGUCAUUUCCAACCUUCCACUAGAGUUGAAGGUCCCUUCAUACUUUAGAGAUGAUGACCAGCGAAAACCAAUCUUUCAACCUUUUGAUCCCCGGUUCACUUUGGGAGUUUAUCUCUCAUACCUCAAUAAAAACCAAGGGCUGGAACCCGUACCGUUUCAUUGGAGUGACUGGGUCGACAUGGAAAAGCUCAAAAAGUAUAUUCUUCCCAAGAAGGACGGCAAGAUACGAUGCAGCUUCUUCGACAUAUCUAAUAAGGGCGAGUUGGUACAAGGUUCAGAGUUGCAGCCUGUACAAUCAUAUUGUCAAGAAGACUCUUCUAAUCCCCUUGGGUACAACAUCUUUGCAUUCCCAGGACCACAAAUGGUUCCAAACAAUGAGAUUUUGGGUAAAUCUUACUUGUACACUUCCGCACCUUCGCCCGUAAAGUUGGUAUUCUUGACCGAUACUUUGGGAUCCUACGAAGUUUAUGUUGCAGACCCCUCAAAUAAUGACUUGAAGCACAGUCUUCUUCAUAACGAUAUUGUCAAAAAACUAGAUAUUGACAAAGUCAACGUUUUGAACGAAUACAAUACCCUUGUCAAGACACACCCACCUCGUAAUAAGGAUGAGGUUAUGAAUGAUCCUGAAGUCACUAUUCCUCGGGAUGCUUUUGAUGUGGAUGUGAACUCUAUUCUCGACGGCUUAAAGGGCCGCGAUCUUAAUGUCAUGGAUGAUGCUUACCGUAAAUCCAUCGAGUAUUCCCACCAUGAAGAAGAUCCUCCAAAAUUCUUUCGCGAAGCAAAACUCUUGGAAAAACACCCUGAAAAGUGGUUGGGAGACCAUUAUGACUGGAGAUUUUUCAACGGGAUCACCGUUGGUAAUGAAGAUCAAAAACUUUCCUUGCACCAUUUGGUCAAGUCAUAUCUCAGUUUUGCCCGUCAACACGGGAUCAUUACAUGGAUCUCACAUGGUUCGUUGCUCUCGUGGUAUUGGAACGGUCUUGCGUUUCCAUGGGACACCGACAUUGAUGUUCAGGUGCCUUUAAGUGAGCUUCAUAAAUUGGGUAAGCGGUUCAACCAAUCUUUAAUUAUUGAAAAUGUUGGAACUUCUGAGGAUAAAUUCAAUGGAAUGGGUAGGUACUUUGUCGACAUAGGAUCGAGUAUUACCCACAGAAGUAAGGGCAACGGAAACAACAAUAUUGAUGGGCGGUUCAUCGACAUUGAUACCGGGCUUUACAUCGACAUCACAGCCCUAGCAUUGACCGACACAGAUACUCCACAACGAUACGAUUACUUAGUGGAGUCACAGCCUCAUAUUCGGAAAGCAUUAGAAGGGCUCAAAGACGACAAUGGAAACGUUAACUAUAGAGACAAGAAUCGAGAGCUCGAGGCGUAUAAUUGUCGAAACAACCAUUUUGCAACAUAUGACGAAUUAUCGCCUUUAGUUUUGACAUUGGUAGAGAACCUGUUGAGUUAUGUUCCCAGCAACUUUGUCAUGACUCUCAAUUAUGAGUAUAAGCUCAAUGCCCUCACUGACAAGAAUUACCGAGACUCAUUUUAUCUCAACAAUUUUCGCAUUUGGGUCAUCACGCAAAUUGUUCUUGAUUACCUUCAGGACCCUCAAAGAUGGGUGGAUGAGCAUAAAGCAUCGGGAGAUGACAAAAGUGCAGAGAAGAAAAAGAAGAGAGUGGCUGUCGACAAGGAAAAACGAGUUAUUUCCAACGUCGAGAAAUGGCGUAUCAACAAGUUGACCACUCAGGAUCAUGCCAAUUUGCUACAGCACGGACUGAUCUUUAAAGAGUAUGUCAAGACAAUGCACUUUACCAGUUAUCAUGAAAAGGAACUUGGACUUUUGAUGAAGCUGGAUAUCGCUGGAGUCACCAAACAUAUGGAGCAUUAUAAGCAUAAAGGAGAGUGGUUGAGAAGUGACUUGUUCAUGAGCAAGGUGAUGAGACAAAGGUUUGAUUUCGAGGAAGCCAUAGACGAGGUGUUCAAGUUGAUGGACCUCUAUGCAGAAGAAUAA